AUGGAUUCAAUUGACGCGAAUAUAAUGGAAAUCAGUAGUCAGAUUAUUCAGCUGGAAAAUCUAGAAAUGGAAAAUGGAGUUCUAACGCCUGAGCAAUAUCUUGAGCUGCUUUGCCUCUAUCUAAGGCUUGAUCGCAUUAUGGAUGCCAAGUUUAUGUGGAAACGCGUACCUGCUUCAAUGAAAACCCCAGAAUCUCUGCUCCACAGAGUUUGGGUCUUGACCGUAUUUAUACUUAAGAAACAGAAUUCCAAAUUUCUUUCUGCUUGCCAGGAAUUGUUAAAGUCAUCAACUAUUCCUCCUUCUAUAUCAUCACACAUUUCCGUAGUUUAUCAAAGGGUUCUCUCCUCAACAGUUGACUCUAUUAGGUCCUCAUACUCUUCCAUUUCCCUCGAGAAGUUAUCCACUCUACUCAGCCUUGCUCCAAAUGAAGCUGUUAUAGUAAUGAGGGGUUGGAUACUUUCUUCUGAUGGACUUUAUUUAACUGAACCCACCAAUACAGAAGCUCUGCCAAACCGGGCAGGAUUAGGACAGGCCUCUGUUCCUGGAUCACUACGGUUAGAGUGCCCACUAUGCUCCUUCCACACAACCGAUGCGAUUGGACUGCGUCACCACGCAUGGAGGGAGCAUUUACCGGAUGAUAGUGCAACCCCCAUUACCUUCCAGAGUCGUAUCAUCUUGUGUUGUGAAUGCGGAGCCGCUACUACGGAUGCUUCUAGUCUGCAAGAUCAUUACUCCAUUGUCCAUGGAAUUGAUGACCCUGAUGUGAGUUGA